AUUUAAUAUGAGGGGAUUCUUCACCUUUGCCAAAUAAUUUAUCAGCUUUUCCUCAAUGAAAACUCAAUAAAUGAAAGUAUCAAUAAGAUUGUAAGUUUUAUUUAUUUUGAAUUUAGAGUCAAUAGAUCAAUUAAUGAGUAAUUUAGAAUGUGUUCCACUUUAACGGCACUCAAAAUGAUUAAUCUGUUUGGAAUAAGCAAUUCAACUUCAAUUGAAGAUAUUGAUGAAGGUAAAAUAAACUUAAUACCUAGAAUCUGAAUUAGAUAUUCAAAUUUCUCGGCUGUUGUUAUUGUCUCUGAAAGCAGAACAACAAACGAUAUAUUAAAGAUGAUUGUGA